AUGCACUUUGACGAACUUCUCGGUGUCCUCGGGGAAUUUGGUCCCUACCAGAAAUAUGUGUAUUUCCUUGUGUGCCUCCCUUCCAUUAUUGCCGCUUUUCAUAUGGUCAAUUCUGUGUUUCUUCUGGGAAUUCCAAAACACAGAUGCAAAUUACCAAAUUAUCCGAAUGAUACUUACCUCAGCCAAGGCACAGCACAUGACGAUUUGAUAAAGGCUUACAUACCUACCGAGCUCAAUGCUGACAAUGAUGUGGUGAACAAAAAAUGCAAGAUUUUCUCCAUCCCUGUUUUAGACAAUGUGACUACAGGCAUCGAACAAAGUUGCAGCUCGUGGGUUUACGACAAAACAGUUUAUGAUAGCACGUUUGCGUCUGAGCAAGAUUUGAUUUGUGACAAGCAACUAUGGGCAUCCAACGCCAAAAUGGUUUUCUUUGCUGGUGUGUUUUUCGGAGCUUUGGGUCUAGGCGCACUUGCAGACAAGAUUGGAAGAAAGAAGACACUGAUUUUAUCCAUACUAGUGCUGCUGGCGUCCAGUCUAGCCGUGUCGUGGGCGGCUAACUUCUAUCUCUUUUGUGUUUUACGAUUCAUCGUUGGAUUUUCCUGCGCGGGGACUUUCAUGUCAGCCUUUGUUUUAGGCGUUGAGAUCGUUGGUCCCUCAAAGCGGCUGUGGGCUGGGGUUGUCAUCGAAUACUUCUUCGCCAUAGGACUGGUUAUUCUAUGUCUUAUUGGCUAUCUUAUUAGGGACUGGAAGUACAAUGAAAUAGCAGUGUCUGUUCCCUCCGCACUUCUGUUGAGUUAUUGGUGGUUAUUGCCAGAAUCUCCUCGAUGGUUGAUUAACCGUGGAAAAUACGAGGAGGCUAAAGUCAUUAUUCGCAAAAUAGCCAAACGAAAUAAGGUAGAAGUUACAGAUAAGCAACUGGAUUCGCUGGAAUGCGACGAAACAGCGACAGGCCAGCUAUGGCACUUGUUUACGUCGAGGGUGCUGUUUGUCCGAACUAUAAUAAUUUUCUUGAAUUGGUGUGUUGUAAGUAUGGUAUACUACGGACUGUCCCUAAAUUCCGGGAACCUGGCUGGCGACUUUUAUUUGAACUUUUUCCUGACAGGUCUGGUAGAAUUCCCAGCUUAUACUCUUUGUUUAGUGUUAUUGGAUCGUAUUGGAAGAAAGAAACUGCAUUGCGCGUGUAUGGUGCUUGGAGGGCUUGCUUGUAUUUCAACCAUUUUUACAGUUUUAUACAUUGGGAAAAGCCAUCAGAUGUAUACUACAGUGAUUCUGGCGAUGAUUGGUAAGAUUGGGGCCGCUGCAGCGUUUGCCGUCAUUUACGUGUGGUCAGCGGAACUCUAUCCCACCGUAGUCCGUAACGUCGCCAUGGGCGCCAGCUCGUCCUGUGCGCGUAUUGGAGGGAUGGUGUCCCCCUAUGUAGCAGAUCUCAGUUUGAUAGUUGAUGGCCAUUUCGGACAAGCACUUCCGUUAGUUGUGUUUGGAGGAGCUUCCAUACUAGCUGGGCUGCUCUCUCUUAUUUUACCGGAAACACUAGGCGCCAAUCUACCAGAAACCAUCCAAGAUGGCAAAGAUUUUCCUCCACCAAAGCAGGCCAAAAAAUACGAGGAAAACGGGUCUUCAUAUACCUACAGGAACGAGUCUUUUAUAGUGGAUACGACGAAAUUUUAAAAUUUUCCUCGGAAAUUGAUCUUUCUCACUUUAGACUUUAAAAUAUAAAUAAACUUUUCCAUAAUGAUAUAUUUUCACCCUAGACUACGAUUCAUCCCUCUUUAUUCAAUAAAUAAAACAAUCUCAGGGUAAAUUCUUUCAAUUUUAAAUGUCAAGUUUAACUUACAAAUUCUUAUAUUUGUAUGAACAUAUACUGUA